AUGGCAAGGGAUCUUGAGGAAUUGGAUCCCAAUUGUGUGCUGGUGUUCCAGAAUACACCAGAGAAUGAAACCCAGGUUGUGGCUGCGCUGGAACAUAUAGACUUGGACACUAUUGUUAAAGUUGGGAACGAAAAUACUAGCAAGUAUGCCUUUUUGAGAAUUGACUGCAUGAUUGAAUAUGCAGCUCUGUGUAAAGUAUUAAGGCAAAGUCUACAUUUGGUGGUAAACAAGUGUAUCCCCCUCUAUGACAACGACAGGACUAGGAAAUUAGAUACGUUGGGGAUGAGGCUGAACAAAGGGAUGUUCUCGUUCCCAAUACCCAAGGAUUUUGAAUUGGCCAAUUUUGCCCAUUUGACGAAGAACCCAACACAGGCUCUGUAUUUUGCCUUUUGUACACACUACGAAAAGUAUCUGAGGUUUUUAGCAAUUGUCGGGACAAUCGUUCAUUUUGUUGGAUCCACUUCAAAACCUGCAGAGUUUAAUAAAUUCUACUCGGUAGUGUUGAAUGUAUGGUCAGUUACUUUUGUCACGUCGUGGGUCUACUCCAAACAGGGGUACUAUGCCAAGUUGUUUGGCAAAACCGUGGUCAGCUUACCGCCAGUCGGAGAUUUUAGUAGUCCGCGCGCCGUGUUGAAAAGGAAACUUCUUUCAGUCCCCGUUUCUGUUCUUUUCGUUUUGAUUUUGGUAGCGUUCCAAUUUUUGUGUUUCGGCCUCGAGAUCUUCAGUACACAGAUCUACACGGGCCCUUUCAAAUCCAUCCUGUCUCUAGUCCCCACAGUGUCCAUGAUUGUGUUUGUUCCACUUCUGACUAGGAUUUACAACACUUUCUUCGUCGAGAGAUUUAUCAGAUUCGAAAACAGUGCAUACCCAGCACACUCCAGGACGGAAAAGAAUUUUGCUCUGACAUUCUGCGCUACCUAUAUGCCACUGUUGAUAACUUUGUUCGUGUACUUGCCCCUGGGCCAUUUGUUCACAAACGGAGUGAAGAACAAGAUCAGCAAAUGUGGGGUCCCCGUUAUAUCAAACGUGUUUACGAUCAACACCAAACGCCACCAAAAGCAACUGUUCUUUUUUGUGUUCCCCAACCAAGUCAUCUUGUACGCCACGGAUCACAUUAUCCCAGUUCUGUUGAAGAAAUAUGUCGGGAAGAAAUCCUCAAAAGGGACGAAGGAGGUUGAUGCGGAGUUGACGAUCAAGAAUGAACAUCCAAGGGAGUACAGGUACUGGCAAAGGGCGAAAAUGUUUGACACGCAAAUCACGGAAGAAUUCGACGUUGAGAGCGCAUUCAAAAAGACUGUCCUGCAAUUUGGAUUCAUCGCCAUGUUUUCUAACAUAUGGCCACUAGCACCGCUCGUUCUGCUUCUUGUGAACAGACUGGUACUGAAGAGCGAUAUGAUCAAAGCACUGAAGAAGUCAAGGCCUGCCACUGUCCCAUUCGACGACGACAGCGACGCCCAAUGUGCAGGCCACACAGUGACUCUUGCAGGUAUUCGUCCAUGGGAUGACAUACUCAAAAUAAUCGCUUGGUUUGGUGUCAUUGUCUGCUCCACAUCAAUGUUCAUGUACAGAUACUGUUACUUGCCAGGAGUCGGCAAGACAACUUUGCUCGACAGUCACGCCGCGUGGUUCAUUCGUAACCCACUAGCCAGAAGUUGGUCCUCGAUUUUUUUCUUUGCCGUGGCCAUUGAGCAUAUCACGCUGAUCGUUUUCAUCAUCCUUAAGAAGUAUUUCAAGGACUAUGAGCAAGAAACAGUUGGGUACGGGAUCGUUCCAGAUUCCCCACAGAAACCGGAUGCGACCGUCAUUGUCCCCAUGGACAUUGAAAAACACGAUUUCGAGACUGUCCCCAUGGACAAGACGAUCAAGGAAUCAAGCACCACUGGUCACGAUAUCAACAUUUCCAGCGAGGUGAAUGAGUUGACCCAAAGAGGGCAACCACAGCCAAGCCACGAACAGGAAUCGCAAUUGAGUAAGAAAGAUGGUCCCCUGGAUGAGACUGAGAAGCCCAGUGAACAGGUCAGGACGCCGAGCAACGAGGAGAGUAAGCCAAAGAAUAAGAAUAUAAGCAAAAUAUCAGAGUACAACGGCAAUUUCGCGACUUCCUCGUCUAGUGUUGCUGGUGCAACGGUUCCUACGAUAAUUCCGACCUCCAAAAACUAUAGCAAGAGGUUUAACGCUGAUGGGACCGCUGUAAUGCAGUCGCGCACCUCGUUUGCGAACUCUGCGAGUGUCGGGAAAGAGGACAGUUCUGUUCCGGAAGGGUCGGGCUCCAUGGUGGAAACGGAACAAAGUGGAGCGGCAGUGGCUGAGAGCGUUACAGAACCAGCCCUGGCCUCCAAGGCGGUCUCUACGAAUUCGCAAAGCGUGACUGAUAAGCCGGCCGUGGCCGUCACCGCCCCACAGACCUCUGUCACGAACGGUACUACGCGGUCAUUGAAAUCGUCUCCCUUCAUCGACAUCGACAGCGCCGAAAGCGACAGUGGGCCCGUGUCCACACGUGGUCCGGACGACGAUGACGAGGUGCCAGGCGCACGGGGGAAAUCUACACAAGCUCACUCCAAGCGCCAUACGGUGAUGGGUGUCCCUGCUCCCUCGAUCCCACUGCCUCAUCAUCACCAUCACCACCACCACGAUGCACAGCAGCAACAGCAAGAAGCAGGUACGAACGGCAGCAUGGCGUCGAUGCACACGUCAAACUCCUCCACGUCAAUGCGUCCCGACAAGAAGCACAAGAAGGGUCUACUGCACAAGCUGAAGAAGAAGUUAUAG